UGUUGUAUCAAUAGCAGAUAGAUCCUUUGACGAGGUGUAUAUAAAGCUCCGAUUCCCGACCUGGAUUGCUGAGAUUCCUCGUUUGCCACCACCAACCUGAGUAACUCGAGCUCCUAGACAAGUAUUGCUCAGCUCACGCCAAUCUUCUGUGUCUCGGGCCUUCCUAGAAAUCAUCGCCAUUGAAAUGUCUGUCUCCCGGUCCCUCGUGGCCGCGGUUGCCACGCUCUCGUUUGUGGCAUCCACGCAAGCCUGGAACGUGGAGUUGCCUCCUUGCUUGGAUAAAUUUCAACCAUUUGUCUACUCCGGCUGCUUUCAAGAUGGCGGCCCUGGUAACCCCAAUGCUCUCAUCUUCCGCUCGACUUUGUCUUCUGACAAUAUGACUGUUGAAGAGUGUGUUGCCGACUGCAAAGGCAAUGGCUUCCGUUAUGCUGGCCUCGAGUACUAUGGUGUUUGCUUCUGUGGUGGCACUGUUGACGGGCCCCAAGUAGAUGAGUCUCAGUGCAGCUUCCCUUGCACCGGCAACAAAUCCGAGACAUGUGGAGGAAACAACCUCCUCUCCGUCUGGCAAGAUCCAACAUUCCCUACUAAGCAGGUCACCAUCGGCGAUUACAAGGCUGCUGGCUGCUAUUCGGACAACUCGCAACAGGGCCGUGCCCUUUCCUGGUCGGCGGAUGUUGAUUCAUCCACCUUCACCACCGAAUCUUGCUUGACUGCCUGUGAGGCAGAAGGCUUCCCCUUAGCCGGUACCGAGUUUGGAGGCGAAUGCUGGUGUGGUAACGUUCUUGCAAACAGCACCACAAAGGUGGAUGACUCUCAGUGUAAUUUCCCCUGCAAGGGCAACUCCUCAGAGACCUGCGGCGGAAGUGGCCUCUUGAAUCUGUACAUCGCCACGGAUCUCGAGUCUUUGGAGCCAUGUGGCUGGGUUCCUCCCUCUAGCAGCAGCACGACCACUUCAGUCUCAACAACAUCGCUGCCUCCUCCACCACCUACCUCCACCACCACCCCGUGCACAACGACUUCAGUCUCGACAACAUCACUGCCUCCUCCACCACCUACCUCCACCACCAACCCGUGCGAAACGACGUCCACGAGUACCACCCCACCGCCGCCCCCCCCUACUACAACCAAGUGCACAACAACCUCCAAGAGUACUAGCACCACGACUACCAGUUCUCUGUGUACGGUCACCGUUACCACUCCACCUUCCUGCGAGUAUAAGUGUGGUGACUGGUGUUUCCCUCCUCUACCCGACUGGAGCAACGAGAAGGACUGCUUGAAGGCCUACUCUACCUGCGCCGCUGGUGUUGCCUCUUGCUUCGCCCAGGCUGGCUUCCCCGGCGCUCUUCAAUGCUUCAACUUUGGCCAGUGGUGCAGCGGCAUUCAGCAGUACUGCAGCUCGACCUGUUUGUUCGGAAAAUGCUCCAAGGGCGAUUGCUGGAACCACAACCCCGGCCAGGGCGGCAGUCCUCCCAAGACGUCCACCACCGUCAUUCCAUGCCCUCCAACCACGACAACCAAGCCUCCGGCUACCUCGACAAAACCCAGCCACUGCCCUCCUCCUCCAACCAACAUCUGCACGCAGCCUUCCAACUCCAAGUACGGUUAUGGCCCAGGAAACCCCGUCGGUGGCAUCUCCCUACCCAUUGUCAGCUGCAAUGACAUCUACAGCGAUUGGCGCAACAACCCCUUCAAGCUGUACAUCAACCAGAAGAGCUGGAAUUGCCCCUCGUACCCUCCCUCAGGCUGCGGCAAUGCUUGUUCUGAUGCAUGCAAAGAGCAGUACACGCAAUGCACAAAUGUCUACCAGAAGGGCUGCCAAGAUGGCUCCGGCUUCCGAUGGAAGCGCAGCGAGGGAGCCAAGCGUGCGCUCAGCAUUAGCCAGUUCACGCAGAACUGGGGCUUCGGCGACAACUCUCCUUCUAACGCGGCCAAGAAAUGUCAGGCCCAGUACCAAGACUGCUUGGCUGUUAACAAGAAUGUCAACCCCAAGCAGCAGUGCAAGACCUGGGGCUGCUAAGGGCGCAUUCUUUGAGUAAAAGCCUGGCAUGGCAUGGCAGAUAUGGGAACUGGCGAUGUGGGAUAUUGGGAAAUAAAGGGAUCCAGAUUCUGGACAUUGGAUAUAGUAUAUAGAA